GAGAGGGAAGAGAGAGAAAGAGAGUGGGGCGGUGUGUGGUUAAUGAAGAGGAGAGGCGUGAGGAGGAGUAAUCGGAAGGAUUCCGGCAAAAUGAAGGGGACAUUAACGGCGGAGCUUCAGCUAGGGCAGGUCUCAUUGUUGCAUUCGCUCCACCACCAUCACCACCACCAACCUUCCUCAGCUGCUUCCUCUUCUCUCUUCCAGAACCUUCCAGAUUCCGAAGCUGCCAACGCCUCCACCUUAGCUCUCGACAUCGAUGCCGAUGCCGAUGCCGCAGCCGCGGAUGACAGAGAUUUCAUUCUCAGUCAAGACUUCUUCUGCACUCCAGAUUAUAUCACUCCUGAUAAUCAGAAUCUGCUAAGCAGCUUUGAUUCCAACAAGGAAAACAUCCUUUGUCCUAAAUCGCCAGAGAAGCUGAAUACUCUCAAGCGCAAAAGGAUUCAACCAGAUGGUAUCUCAAGAAAUCCCCUUAGUCCUACAUUAUCAGGAAAUCAACAAAUAGUGGAACUUGCCAAAGACAUUCUUGAAAUGGAUGAAGCUAGUAUAGAGAAACCAACAGCAACUGGACCUCAGAGUACUAAAGGUUAUGUUUCACAAUCUGCAGUUGCUUUACGCUGUCGAGUUAUGCCACCUCCUUGCAUUACUAAUCCAUAUCUAAGGGAUGCUUCUGAGACAGGAAUAGAUCCCUUUGAAAAUCAAAGAUCAAAAUGUGCAGGUUUCUUCAGCACAAGCAUUGGUGGAGAUGGUCUUUCACGUUAUCACACAGAUUUUCAUGAGAUUGAGCAAAUUGGUAUGGGGAACUUCAGCCAAGUUUUUAAAGUUUUAAAGAGAAUAGAUGGCUGCAUGUAUGCUGUGAAACAUACCAUGAGGCAGUUGCAUCAAGACACAGAAAGGAAGAAAGCCUUAAUGGAAGUUCAAGCCUUGGCUGCUCUAGGGUCUCAUGAAAAUACUGUUGGUUAUUUUUCAUCCUGGUUUGAAAAUGAGCAACUGUACAUCCAGAUGGAACUAUGUGAUUACAGCUUGUCCAGAAAUAAGACUUCCCAAUUAUUCACAGAGGGCGAGCUGUUGAAAGUCCUACAUCAGAUUGCCAAAGCAUUGCAGUUUAUACAUCAAAGAGGAAUAGCUCACCUGGAUGUCAAACCUGAUAACAUUUAUGUCAAGAAUGGUGUUUUUAAACUAGGUGACUUUGGAUGUGCAACUCUCCUGGACAAGAGCUUGCCAAUUGAAGAGGGUGAUGCUCGUUAUAUGCCUCAAGAAAUCCUAAAUGAAAACUAUGAUCACCUUGACAAGGUUGAUAUCUUCUCUUUGGGAGCUGCUAUUUAUGAGCUUAUCAGGGAGUCACCUUUUACAGAAUCAGGGGCCCAGUUUCUUAGGGAAGGAAAGUUGCCACUCCUCCCUGGACACUCGUUGCAGUUUCAAAACUUACUCAAGGCAAUGGUUGAACGAGAUCCAGCUCGACGUCCUUCUGCAAAGGAAUUAGUAGAAAACCCCAUCUUUGACAAGAUUCAGUGAAAUGUGAGAGCCCCAGCAUCACCAUUAUGCGAUGAUAACUCAUGAUGGUAUUUGCAGUGUUGUGUAGUUAGCUUUUUGAAUUUCUUGGCUCAGGUUGAUGCUUAAGGGCAUUGGAUUGACCACUGUAAAAUCCAUUUUUGUUAAAUUAUGCACCAAAUUUUGUGUCAUAAUGGUGCAGCUUUUGUAAAGUUUGGAUUAAGCCCUGCCCAAGAAAUGUUGUAUUGUGAC